AUGUCCCAGCUGGAGUGCUGCAGAGAUGCUGAUGGGUCCUUCUUCGGCAAAGAUGCGCCUGCGAAGCUGCUCGACCAGCUUCUCUCUCAGUCUUCCCUCAUCUUCCGGCAGUUAUUCUUUGUCGAAACCGUUUUUAAGGUCCUACGCGCGCACCCGACAAAGGACUUCACCGACGAACCCUUCCUCGAGAGACUCACGAAGGCCCUCUCAAAGGACCGCACCGCCACUCGGCUCAACAAGGAACAUGGCCUGGACGUGGCUAGGGCUGUCGCUCGUGUCGUGAAGAAGAUGUGCGACAGCCGGACCAUGUUUGAGAAUCGCCCUCCUCCUCCGCCCACCCUUGCUGAGCCCACCGACACGGGAGCCGCCAAGACCCAGACCAAGGCGCAGUGCGCUCUUGAUGCCCGCGCUCUGGUCGAUAAGCUCAAGCUCCAAGAGACGGUGGACAAGAUCAUCUUGAUCUUGGAGGAGAAGCCCGUUCUUUUCGGUCAGGGAGCCAGAAAGCUGGAGGACAUCUUUGCUGAGGGCCAGCGCCGAGAGGAGAUCUUGAACUCUUAG